AUGAAGAGUAUAUCGAUGAUGAUGAUAAAAGUAAAUAAGAUUACGUACGAGUAUGACUGCGGGGAAAAUAUGACUGCAAGAAUCGACACCUUCCGCGACAAAAAGAAGGAGAAAGCUUUCAAGCGUGGAGGAAAAACAGUGAUUUGUCGAACCAUAUUUCAGAAGCCGUAUCCGUGCUUGCAGUGCAACAGAUUCUACACCAACAAGAGCACCUUGAACCGUCAUCUACGGGAGGAGUGCCAGAAGGAACCGCAGCACAUACUACUGUGUCCAAAAAGUCAGACCAAGAGGCCGCGACCGAGGAGCAUGCUCGCAUGCAUAUUCCCGAAGCCGUAUCGCUGCUCGCAGUGUGACAAAACCUACGCCAACAAGGGUACCUUGAACCGUCACUUGCAGAAGGAGUGCCAGAAGGAGCCGCAGUACAUAUGCGAACACUGCCAAUACGCAUCCCAUCAGUACUGCAACUUGAAGCGACACAUACGGACACGUCACCAAUAUACUCUGUGA